AUGCGCGGCAAACGUUCAAAGCAAUAUCGCAAACUCAUGCACCAGUAUGAGCUCUCUUUCAACUUUCGCGUUCCUUACCAGGUCUUGAUCGACGCCGACAUGAUCAAGGACACCUUCCGCUUCAAGAUGAACCUGCCCCUUUUCCUCGAACGCACUCUCCACGGACAGAACGCCUGGAUCGACACGGCAAAGUCCUUCGAGCGCCGCCGCUGCAACCACCACACUCUCGAUGAACCUCUCUCCACAUUGGAAUGCUUAAAGUCCGUCGUCGACCCCAAGGACAGCAGCACCAACAAGAAUCGUUAUGUUGUCGCCAGUCAGGACCAAAAAGUCAGAUCCGCCAUGCGCAGAAUCACCGGUGUACCACUCAUCUACGUCAACCGAAGUGUCAUGAUCAUGGAGCCUAUGGCAACACAGACCGAGGAGUUCAGAGAGGCUGAAGAGAUGGGCAAGGUCAGAGCAGGCUUGAAGGGCAGGAGAGGUGCCGCUCCCGAGCAAGCCUUGAAGCGCAAGAGAGAGGAUGACGACGAUGAUGACGAGGAUAGCGAGACAAAGGGUGAUGCUCCUGCACAAGAAACAGAGGCUGCGCCGAAGAAGCGCGUGAAGAAGGGUCCCAAGGGUCCCAACCCUCUCAGUGUCAAGAAGUCGAAGAAGCAGACGGUGAAAGAGGAGGCAGAGAAGCAAGCAAUCAGGAAAGCUGCAAAGACAGAUCCACAAGCUGCUGAAAAGGCACUUGACGCACAUGUCGCUGUCGAGGCGACGGAAAACGACGCCUCAGAAGCUGCAGGCAAGAAGAGAAGGCGAAGAAAGCACAAGACUGCCGGUGACUCGGCUGCCGACCAGGCUGACGCUGAUCAUGCUCCUGCUGUUGCCAUGGAGGUCGAUGCGUGA